GGCUUUUUGUCUUCUUAUUUCUAAUUAAAUAGAAAUCGACAAUUAUUUCUUUUCUCCCUUUCUCUUUUAUACUUUUUCUCUUGUAUUAUAUAGUGAAAAAAGAUUUAGAGAAAGACAGAAAGAAACCUUUUUUAACAUACUUUAUUACAAUAAACGAUUACAAGAAAAUAAAUACUCGAUUCAACAUCAUUUUACAACCAUUUUAUUUCCAACUUAUUCAACUACAUUCAUAUAAUAAUUUUUAUAUAUAAAAAGAAUGACAGAUAUUAUGGAUGACAGCUAUAGAAUGGCGGAAAAUGAGUAUUUUCUUCCGGAAGGUGAGGAGAUGUAUGAAGACGAGCCCAUCACUCAGGAAGAUUGCUGGACAGUCAUUUCUUCUUUCUUUGAAGAAAAAGGUCUCGUUAGACAACAGUUGGAUUCAUUUGAUGAAUUUGUGCAAAAUACAAUGCAGGAAUUAGUUGACGAAAAUUCGAACCUUGUGCUUCAACAUGUUGGUGGAGACGGUGAUGUGACAAAACGUUAUAUAAUUCAAUUUGGUCAGAUUUACUUAUCAAAACCUACAAUGACUGAAGCCGAUGGUAGUACUCAACCCAUGUUUCCUCAAGAGGCGCGUAUUCGUAAUUUAACCUAUGCUUCUCCUUUAUAUGUGGAUAUGAGUAAACGUACACAAAUUGCAGUGCCAUUUGAUCCUAACAAUCCUAAUAAAAGUCCUAACGAUCUUUUCCAAGAUGAGCAUGGCUCAGAAAAUCCACCAUGGACUAAAGUGUUUAUUGGCAAGGUUCCUAUCAUGUUAAAAUCAACAUAUUGUAUUCUUCAUGGAAUGCCGGAAAACACAAUGCAUGAAUUAAAUGAGUGUUCUUUUGAUAUGGGUGGUUAUUUUGUAAUUAAUGGUUCUGAGAAAGUCUUGAUUGCUCAAGAACGUAUGGCUACAAAUACUGUAUAUGUUUUCUCAAAGGCUCCACCUUCCAACGUUCAAUAUACUGCUGAAAUUAGAUCACAAGCCGAAAAAGGUUCAAAAAAUGCCUCUCCUCUCUUUAUUAAGAUGUUAAGACCUUCUUCUGAACGUGGCACAUCUGGGCAAUGUAUUCGUGCCGCCUUACCUUAUAUUCGUUCUGAAAUCCCAAUCGUUAUUGUUUUCCGUGCUUUAGGUCAAGUCUCUGAUAGAGAUGUCUUGGAGCAUAUCUGUUACGAUCGUAAUGAUUAUGAAAUGUUGGAAUUGUUGAAACCUUCUAUUGAAGAGGCCUUUGUCAUUCAAGAUCAUGAAGUAGCUUUGGACUUUAUCGGUAAGAGAGGUACAACUGUGGGUGCAACAAGAGAUAAACGUAUCAAAUAUGCUUCUGAAAUUCUUCAAAAAGAACUAUUGCCUCAUGUUGGUACAGCUUAUAAAACUGAAACUCGUAAAUCAUAUUUCUUUGGUUAUAUGAUUCAUCGUUUAUUAUUGGCUGCGCUUGAACGUCGUGAAUUAGAUGAUCGUGAUCACUAUGGUAAAAAGCGUAUGGAUCUGGCAGGUCCUCUAAUGGCUGGCCUCUUCCGUCUCUUAUUCAAAAAGUUGACAAAGGAUGUAGCUAAAUAUCUUCAAAAAUGUAUUGAAUCGAGUCGAGAGUUUAACUUGACUCUUGCUGUUAAAUCGAAUACGAUUACCAAUGGUCUUAAAUAUUCUUUGGCCACUGGUAACUGGGGUGACCAAAAGAAAGCCAUGCAAUCUCGUGCUGGUGUCUCUCAAGUAUUAAAUAGAUAUACAUUUGCUUCUACAUUAUCUCAUUUACGUCGUUGUAAUACACCCAUUGGUCGUGAUGGUAAGAUUGCUAAACCUCGUCAAUUACAUAAUACACAUUGGGGUCUUGUUUGCCCCGCUGAAACACCUGAAGGUCAAGCAUGUGGUCUUGUCAAGAAUUUAGCCCUCAUGUCUUAUAUUUCUGUUGGCUCAGCUGCUCAUCCUUUAAUCAUGUUCUUGGAAGAAUGGGCCAUGGAGAAUCUAGAAGAAUUGAGUACAAAUAGCAUUGCAGAUGCUACAAAAGUCUUUGUUAAUGGUGUCUGGAUUGGUAUUCAUCGUGAUCCAGCUGAAUUAAUCAAUUCACUUAAGCAAAUGAGACGUUCUGUUGAUAUUUCUCCUGAAGUUAGUAUUGUACGUGAUAUUCGUGAAAAGGAGUUAAGAAUGUAUACAGAUGCAGGUCGUUGCUGUCGACCUCUUUUCUUGGUUGAAGACCAACAACUCAAAUUGACACGUCAUCAUGUUACACGUCUUCAAGAUCCUGAGGAUGAAUAUGGCUGGCAAAACUUGAUUGCAGAUGGUAUUGUCGAAUAUGUGGAUGCUGAUGAAGAAGAAACAGCUAUGAUUUGUAUGACACCUGAAGAUUUAGCUGAAUCUCGUAUGACAGCUCAGUUUGGUGCUCCACUUGAGGAGACACGUGAUUUGGCUAGUCGUGUUAAGUCUCAAACCGGUAACUAUUCACAUACCUGGACCCAUUGUGAAAUUCAUCCAAGUAUGAUUCUUGGUAUCUGUGCUAGUAUCAUUCCCUUCCCAGAUCACAAUCAAUCUCCUCGUAACACAUAUCAAUCCGCUAUGGGUAAACAAGCUAUGGGUGUCUAUCUUACAAACUUCCAAACGCGUAUGGAUACGUUGGCAAACAUCUUGUAUUAUCCUCAAAAACCACUUACAACGACAAGAUCUAUGGAAUUUUUGCGUUUUAGAGAAUUACCUGCUGGACAAAAUGCAAUUGUCGCUAUUUUGUGUUAUUCUGGUUAUAACCAAGAAGAUUCCGUCAUUAUGAAUCAAAGUAGUAUCGAUCGUGGCCUUUUCCGAUCUCUUUUCUUCCGUACCUAUAUGGAUGCUGAAAAGAAGGCAGGUAUGAUGUUUAUGGAAGAGUUUGAGAAGCCUACUCGUGAUACAACAUUACGUUUAAAACACGGUACCUAUGAAAAAUUAGAAGAUGAUGGCUUAAUUGCUCCUGGUACACGUGUCUCUGGUGAUGAUAUCAUUAUUGGUAAGACAGCACCUAUUCCUGCUGACUCUGAGGAAUUAGGGCAAAGGACAACGACACAUAGUAAGCGUGAUGCCUCUACUCCACUUCGAUCUACUGAAACAGGUAUUGUAGAUCAAGUGAUGCUGACGACCAACCAAGAUGGUCUUAAAUUUGUCAAGGUCCGUGUUCGUUCAACUCGUGUACCCCAAAUGGGAGAUAAGUUUGCCUCACGUCACGGUCAAAAGGGUACGAUUGGUAUGACAUAUAGACAAGAAGAUUUCCCCUUUUCUGCAGAAGGCAUUACUCCCGAUCUUAUCAUCAAUCCUCACGCCAUUCCUUCACGUAUGACAAUCGGUCACAUGAUUGAAUGUUUGCUUGGCAAAGUGUCAACUUUGACAGGUAAUGAAGGUGAUGCUACACCUUUUACAGAUGUUACUGUUGAGGCCAUUUCACAAGCUUUGCAAUCCCAGGGUUAUCAAUCUCGUGGCUUUGAAGUGAUGUAUAAUGGUUUUACAGGUCGCAAAUUAAAUGCACAAGUAUUUUUAGGUCCUACUUAUUACCAACGUUUAAAACACAUGGUAGAUGAUAAGAUUCAUAGUAGAGCUAGAGGUCCUGUACAGAUUUUGACAAGACAACCAGUCGAAGGUCGUUCUAGAGAUGGUGGUCUUCGUUUUGGUGAAAUGGAAAGAGAUUGUAUGAUCAGUCAUGGUGUUGCACAGUUCUUAAAGGAGCGUUUAUUUGAUGCCUCAGAUGCUUAUCGUAUUCAUGUUUGUGAUAUUUGUGGUUUAAUGGCUAUUGCUAAUUUGAAAAAGAAUAAUUUUGAAUGUCGUGCAUGUAGAAACAAGACAAGAAUAUCUCAAAUUCAUAUUCCUUAUGCAUGUAAACUUUUAUUCCAAGAAUUAAUGGCCAUGAAUAUUGCUCCUCGUAUGUUUGUUGAUGCUGAUUAAGAAAAAAAAAAAAGAAAGGAUGCAUUUUUUUUUAUACAGUCGUUUACUUUAUUAUUACAUAAAACAAAUAACAUUGAUGAAAUAUAUAUCUAUAUAUAUAUAUAAAAUAGUAAUAAAACACUUGUAAGAUAUAUUUACUAUGAAAUUAUUACAUAUUGUAUCAUAAAAAAAAAAAA